UUGUCCAUUUACUUUCUUCUUUCACUUUGGUAAUUUAGUGCCCAAAGAGGUCGGUGGUCGUGCGCCAAUUUAUUAAAUAAAUAUCCCGCAUAUAUAUAUUUGAAUCAUAUAUAUAAUUGCAGUUCUGCAUUUGUUUGGUUUCUCCGAUACACAAGAAAUUAUGAUUGUACUCAUAUAAACUUAUAUCAUCGGGAACAAUGUAUAAAUAUGGAGGAAAAUUAAGUGGUAGUCUGUUGAAUCAAACAAAUUUAAAUGUCAGCCUACAUGUGCGAAGCAUUUUGGCGAGCAGAAAUCUUCAGACUGGAUCAGGAGCGGCGAGUGCAGGAAACGAACCAACAAAUGUCUUCCGCAAACGCAAAUUCAUACCACAAAAACCUGAGCAGAAGGCUGCCUGCGAUCUGCCACAGGAGGCGAGAGUGGUUAUUUGUGGCGGUGGAAUAGUCGGGGCUUCUGUGGCUUAUCACUUAGCCCUACUGGGAUGGGGUAAACAAACACUAGUGCUGGAACAAGACACAGUUGCGGGUGAUAGUCCUUGGUGUGCAAGUGGCCUGGCGGGACGUUUUGAGCCUAGUUACACCGAAUUGAAACUAGCCGAAUAUUCUGUUCAGCUAAUAAAGGAUUUUACCAAUAAAGGAUUGCCCACUGGUUGGAAGCAAGUGGGGAGUUUAAAUUUGGGCCGAACUUUUGAUCGUAUGAUUUCAUUCAAUCGCAUGAAAUCUUGUGGAGUCUCCUGGAACAUACCGUGCGAAAUAUUAAGUCCCGAACAGUGCAAGGAAAAAUGUCCGAUUAUAGAAGUUAAUGAUUUGUUGGGUGGUCUGUGGAUACCAGACGACGGUGUAUGUGAUCCACAUUUAGUGUGCCAAACUCUCAUUGAAGAGGCUAAACGCAUGGAUGUGCGAGUUGUGGAACAUUGUGCCGUGAAGAAGAUUCGCUCAGAACGUGGCAAGGUUACCCAGGUCGAUACAACAUCAGGUGAUGUGAAAUGUGAAUUCUUUGUCAAUUGCACUGGAUUCUGGGCGAGGGAGGUAGGUACUCUGUCGAAGCCAGCAGUAAAGGUACCUUUGAAAGCUGUGGAACACCAUUAUCUUUAUACGAAAGAGGUCGAAGGAUUGAAUCCGUUGACUCCUUUUGUCCGAGACUUUGAUGGAGGCAUAUAUUUCCGAGAGAAAGAUGGAUGCAUAUUGGCAGGUGGCUUUGAAAAAGAGGCUAAAGUGGCCUUUGAAGAUGGAUUCAUACCUUUGUCUCAAAAGGAACGAGUAUUACCACCCGAUUGGGAUCAUUUCCAUGAUCUUUUGGAUGAACUACUGAAGAGGGUGCCCGCCUUAAGAUCAGCUCGUCUAGAUCGCUUAACAAAUGCCUUGCAAGCCUUCUCCCCAGAUUGCAAAUGGAUAAUGGGUGAAGCCCCUGAAAUACAAAAUUAUUAUGUUUCGGCUGGCAUGAAAACAAUUGGUGUCUCGGCGGCAGGUGGUAUUGGUCGUGCUCUGGCCGAUGUAAUCGUCAAGGGAUCCACCGAACUGGAUAUACAUAUACUGGAUAUUAAUCGCUUCCUAGGUCUGCAUAAUAACCGCAAAUUUCUCACCGAUCGCGUUAAAGAAGUUCCUGGAAAGCACUACCAAAUAAACUAUCCAUUUGAUGAAUUCAAGACGGGCCGUAAUCUGCGUAUGUCUCCCAUAUAUCCAUCACUCAAAGAAGCGGGCGCGGUAUUUGGCCAGACAAUGGGUUACGAACGGCCCAAUUAUUUUGAUCAGCAUGAUAAGAAGGAUGAAUUUGGCAUACCUCGUUUUCGCAUUGCCGAAACGAAAACAUUUGGCAAACCCCAUUGGUUUGAUUUGGUAUCUUCCGAAUAUAAUGCCUGUCGGGAACGAAUUGGUUUAGCUGACUACAGCUCAUUUACAAAGUACGAUUUAUGGUCAAAGGGCACUGAAGUUGUGGAUUUGUUGCAGUACUUAUGCUCCAAUGAUGUUGAUGUACCCGUGGGCUCCAUCAUACACACAGGAAUGCAAAAUGAAAGGGGAGGCUAUGAAAAUGAUUGCUCUCUGGCACGACUUUCUGAGAAACACUACAUGAUGAUAGCACCCACCAUACAACAAACACGUUCCAUGAGUUGGAUACGCAAGAAAAUGCCGAAUCAUUUGCGCUCAGGCGUCAAUGUGGCCGAUGUAACUUCCAUGUAUACAGCUAUUUGUAUAUUGGGACCAUAUACUCGUGUACUUCUCUCCGAGCUGACCGAUACCGAUUUGACACCUAGCAAUUUCCCAUUUUUCACGUACAAAGAAUUGGAUGUUGGUUUGGCCAACGGCAUACGGGCCCUCAAUAUAACACACACUGGCGAACUGGGUUAUGUUUUGUAUAUACCAAAUGAAUACGCCCUGCAUGUAUAUGAGCGUAUUUUCCAAGCUGGUCAGAAGUAUAAUAUCCAACAUGCUGGUUAUUAUGCUACCAGAGCAUUGCGCAUUGAAAAAUUCUAUGCCUUCUGGGGUCAGGAUUUGGAUACCAAUACAACACCCUUAGAGUGUGGACGUAGUUGGCGUGUUAAGUUUAAUAAACCCAUUGAUUUUAUUGGCCGCAAAGCAUUGGAAAAGCAACGCGAAGAGGGAGUAAAGCGCAUGUAUGUUCAGCUAUUGCUCAAUGACCACGAUCACGAGGUGGAUGUGUGGUGUUGGGGCAAUGAACCGAUCUACAGAGAUGGAAAAUAUUGUGGAAUGACCACAACCACCGGCUAUGGCUACACCUUUAAGAAACAAGUUUGUUUGGGUUUUGUACGUAACGUAGAUGAGCAGGGCAAUGAAUUGCCAGUCACCAAUGAUUAUGUUCUGUCGGGCCACUAUGAAGUGGAGGUGGCUGGCAUGCGUUUUGAGGCCAAGGUGAAUUUACAUUCACCCAAUUUACCCACCAAAUUCCCCGACAAAGAACGUGAAGCCUAUCAUGCAACACGCGACAAACCCGAUCAGGCAGAUUUGUUGUCCUUCGUUACAAAGCCUCAGGCAUAAAAUGCUUAGCUCAAACAACGAAUCAUGAUAUUUAUUUUUAUUAACCCAUUGUUGUUGUAUUAUUUGUGUUGUUUUGUAAUUUAUUGAAAAUAAUUGGUCUCCAAAAUUGGCAUUUAAAAAAGGUAAGAAAAUAAUCUCAUUAUUUUAUUUUGAAAAGAAAUGGCAAUUGUGUCAAAAGAGUCCUCCAAUAUUAAAAUGUUAUUGUUGCCAUUGCUCCUUGAUAUUUAGAGAUAACAAGAAAAAAGCAAAUUUGAAUCGAAAUUCAAAAACAGAAUUGAUAUUUUAGAAAGUGUCCUUGGAUUGUAAAUUAUAAGUUUUUGUUAACAACAAAAAAGAAAACAGAAAUUUCUAAUCAAUUAAUAGAAUUAACUGACUGACUGUCUUUAUUAUACAAAUAUAUAUAUGAUAUAUGUAACAAUUUAAAUAUAUUUUUACUGCAAGCAA